GACGAACCGAUUCAACUGCAGCAUCUUCAGGCAGUAGGAUCGACUUGCGUACUUGUUUACACUGCUAGUAAGGCAGACAACGCAGAUCUGCGGGGUCGUUCCAAGUUCCACGAAUUAGACUGGGGCGUUCGAACAUGAAAGUUCACAGAUACGACACGGCGAUCCAUCACCGGUCCAAGAAGAGACUCGUCUCCUGAUAUUUCAUCUUCGAAGACAGCAGACCGCUGAACGCUGCAGGGUACAUCAAAACGUUGGAACGUCAUUCUGUUUUGACGACAAUUUAAAUCUUGCACGUCGCCUCGUGCGCUGAGGUUCCCAUCGGUUCAAACGCAGCGCCUGCGAUUUGUAGACUCGGGAAACGCGCCAUGUUUAAAAUCCGAUUCGUAACGUUUAAUUUGUUGGUCGUUGGUACAGUGGCAUUGAAGAAUGGCGUGGGAAAGUUACCCAAGAUGGGCUACAACAGUACGGAGCAAGAUUCUAUUGUGGUUGGAAUCAGGUGCUAAAUUUGAUUUAGCCUUCAAUGCCUUUGGAUGCGACUAUAACGAAGAAAAGCUCUUUGCUAUGGCCCAAGCAAUGGUAGAUGAAGGUCUAGUUGAAGCCGGUUACAACUCCAUCAUCUUCGAUGACUGCUUUACUAAGAAGGAGCGAGGCGAUGACGGUCUGUUGCUUGAAGAUCCCGAGAGAUUCCCAUCAGGUAUGAAGAGCUUGACAGACAAACUCAAAAGCAUCGGUAUAUCUGCCUCAGCGUACUCGGACGCUGGCUACAAAACAUGCGCUGGUUAUCCUGGAUCCUACGGACACGAAGAGCAAGACCUCCAAACGUUCAGUGACUGGGGCUUCGACUAUCUCAAGUACGACAAUUGCUACAUACCAUUCGACAACAUUACGAAUGAGAAUGUUCUCGGUCGCUAUCAACGAAUGGCGGAUGCUAUCGCUGCCAGGGCGGAGGAGAAAGAUGAACCGCCAUUCUGGUUCUCGAUUUGUGAGUGGGGAUGGCAACAACCCUGGAUCUGGGGAAAACGACUUGGUCACAGCUGGCGCAUCAAUGGUGACAUCAAACCAUGGUGGAACUCGCUUGCCGCGAUCAUCGACAAUGCGAGUUUCCAGUACUGGGCAACUGACUUUUACGGCCAUAACGACAUGGAUAUGCUUGAAGUCGGAAACACAGGCCAGGGAGACCCCAUCGGUAAUUUGACUUACGAUGAGGCAAAAAGCCACUUCACAGCAUGGGCCCUUCUAAAGAGUCCAUUGUUCAUUUCCACCAAUCUGCCCAAUGCCACCGAAGAGGCUCGGAAUAUCUUGAAGAACAAAGACAUCAUCAAGAUAAAUCAAGAUCCUAACGUCGGGGAGUCUAUUGCACCUUUCAGAUGGGGUAAUAAUCAGCCUGACUAUGUUUCCAAUGCUUCUUACCCCGCACAGUACUGGUCAGGCAACAGCAGCUACGGCGUCGUUUUCAUGCUCCUGAAUACCCUCGACAUAACGCAGGACCUUUCCUUCAACCUCACCGAAAGCUGGGCUAUUCGUGCAGGUCGCCUCUACGAUGUGUACGACAUGUGGACGCAUACGCAGAACGGGACUGCGUUGCGAAAUCUCACUGUUACCCUGCCGCCACAUGGUGUUGCAGCACUACUGUUGAACGAUGCAGGUCCAGAGCCGGAGCCCACUGCCUUGGGUCUACCGUAUUGCGGAAUCUACUGGCAGUGCACAUGGCCGAAUGGAACCUACUAUAGCAAUUGACUCCCGGAUGAAGGCGAUGCCCUGGACAUUGCUGGAGAGGGGUUGUUCGACGGGUUCGAAUUUGUUCAAAACAGGACUCAACCUCAUCAUGAAAACGAAGUGAUCGAGUAGCGGAGUGGCUUUGCUACAGGAUCCUCCUCCUGUUGAUCUGGCACAUCGAGCUUUCAGCUUAUCAAAACCCCGAGGUCUCCAAUCAUCUACAAGAGUCAACAGAAAAAUUCGCAGUCGCCGUUAAUUGACGGAGGUCUCUUUUGUAAGCCUGCGAACCAUGUCAUUGGAUAUCUGGA